CGGGGCGACCCACGCGGUCCAGCCCGGGGCACACCCUUGCUGGGCGCGCUGUUGAGGUCUCGCAUCCCUACUUUCUGCCGCCUUGCACGUCAUGGUUCCCUCCGGGGUCCGGACCCGUAGAUGGGUAGCAGCGGCCAGGGCCGCCCAGAGGCGCCCCCGUGUGGAUAGCCUGGGACAGCCUCCGAGUCCUGAGUCCGCGAGCACGCGCGCGGCGCUUUACGUGCACUGGCCUUAUUGCGAGAAACGCUGCAGCUACUGCAACUUCAAUAAGUACAUCCCCCGCGGCGUGGACGAGGGGGCCGUGCGGAAUUGCCUGGUGACUGAGGCAAGGACGCUGCUGCGGCUCAGCGGGGUGCAGAGGGUGGAGUCUGUGUUCUUUGGUGGGGGAACCCCGAGUCUGGCCAGUCCCCACACUGUAGCUGCUAUCCUGGAGGCCGUGGCACAGGAAGUCUACCUGCCUGCAGAUUCGGAAGUCACGUUGGAGGCCAACCCCACUUCAGCCCCAGGUCCCAGGCUGGCAGCUUUUGGAGCAGCAGGAGUGAACAGGUUGUCCAUUGGUUUACAGUCCCUGGAUGAUGCGGAACUGCAGCUGCUGGGCCGGACUCACUCAGCUCUCGAAGCUUUGCAGACCCUGACGGAGGCCAGGCACCUUUUCCCUGGCAGAGUGUCGGUGGAUUUGAUGCUGGGGUUACCGGCACAAAAGGUGGAGCCAUGGCUUCAACAGCUUCAGAAACUGCUGCGCCACUGUGACGACCACCUCUCCCUCUACCAGCUGACCCUGGAACGGGGCACCUCACUCUUUGCCCAGGUGCAGCAGGGUACCCUCCCGGCCCCCGACCCGGACUUGGCUGCUGAGAUGUACCAGGAGGGCAGGACAGUCCUUCGUGAUGCUGGCUUUCGCCAGUAUGAGGUCUCCAACUUUGCACGGAAUGGGGCGCUCAGUAAUCACAACUGGACGUACUGGCAGUGCGGUCAGUACCUUGGCAUUGGGCCUGGAGCCCACGGACAAUUUGUGCCCCAGGGAGCUGGAGGCCAUACCCGGGAAGCACGGAUCCAGACACUGGAGCCUGACAACUGGAUGAAAGAGGUGAUGCUCUUUGGUCAUGGCACCCGGAAGUGCAUCCCCCUGAGCGAGCUGGAGCUGCUGGAGGAGAUUUUGGCUAUGGGGCUGCGCACUGAUGUGGGGGUCACUCACCAGCAUUGGCAGCAGUUUGAGCCCCAGAUGACCCUGUGGGACGUGUUUGGAGCAAGCAGGGAGGUGGAGGAGCUGCUCGCACAGGGUUUGUUGCUGCUGGACCACAGGGGUCUCCGGUGUUCCUGGGAGGGUCUAGCUGUGCUGGACUCCUUGUUAUUGACCCUCCUGCCUCAACUCCAAGAGGCCUGGCAGCACAGGACUCCCUCACCUGAGUCAGGAGGAUGACCAGACAUUCCUGUAUCAUGGGACAACACCAGUGGACUCGGAGGGCUGGACCAGCAUGAUGGCAUCAGCCUGUAGGUGCCGUCUCUGCUUUGAGGUGUUAUUGCUUGCUUCUGUCACGCCCAUGGGGAUGGAUGCGGUCAGUUGGGUGGAAGGCUAUCAGUUCUGGGUACCGGUAUUCCUCACGGCAUCCCAGGAGUCAUGGACUGUGUGUUCCCUGACUGGGAUGUACUUACCACCACCCCCACUGGCUUUUGUCGGCUUUUUUGGACACCAAAUAACAGAAAAUCUUUCUACAGGGGAUUGUACCUAUCCCCCAUUCUAAAGCAAAGCCCCAAGUUAGCUUCUAUGAUUCAGUAGAAUUAAAUCCCCUCCAGAUCUCUUAAACAAGAGGAAACAUAGGAACAAGAUGUUUACAGAACCAUUUGAGGGGCUAGAGAGAUAGCUCAGUGGUGAGAACACUGUUUGCUCUUCAACAGGACCAGGGUUCAAUUCCCAGCAGCCAUGUGGCAGCUCACAGCCAUCUGUAACUCCCAUUCCAGAGGAUCUGGUGCCCUCUUUUGACCUCUGUGUGUAACAGACACAUAUGUGGUGCAUGGCUAUUCAUCCAGGCAAAAUACAUAUACAAUAAAAAUAAAUUAAUCUAAAGAAAGAUUCUUA